GGUCUUCAAAGCGGGUAUCACAAAAUGGGAUGGGGGAAAUAACGAAAGAUAGAAUGAUAUGAUCAAGAAUGCAGAUACCCACGAAUGGAGGUCAGCGCGAAAUGCAGGACAAGGAAAAGAAAGUACAGGUACCAAAACGAAACCGAAAGAUUCAGUACGGAGACCACAUCCCAAGGUCUGAAUAUAAUGAGGGUGUCCGAAGAAGUAACAACCGCUGCAACAACAGGUUAUCAAAAGAGAUGCAGUACUAUGAGAAAGCACAGAAGGUCAUUUUGAAAAAUCUUGGUAAGGAGACGCAGCAGUUACACGCCCGAAUGUCCUCGACUUUGGCCACUCCCCGACUGAACACACUGGAAGGAACUCCUAGUCUACGCAUGACCAAUCCAUUUGCAGUUUACGGUUCUCCCGUGAUUCCAUUUUUGAAAAUGGACCACCCAAAGCGCCAGCAACUUAAGCCUUUACAUACACCAAUGCACUCUAACAAAUUCCCAGACCCUUUCUAUACACCCCGCGGCUCCCUGGUGUCUUCCUCCUUAAAAAUCACGUCACUGAACAAUGAUGACAUUUCUGACAAACGAAGUAAAGAUAGCUCUCAAUCCCCGACCAGAAAAUUCGAAUUAUCUAGUCCUAUUAAAAUGACAAGUCCCUAUAAGAUUUUGCUGUCAGAUUCUCAAUCAGAAAGCUUUGGGCGACUUAUGUUUCGCAAUGAUACGGAAAUGUCAUUGAAUGACUUCGGAAGUACAUCACAGAAAGAUGGACGACGUAGCAUUGCAGAGGGUAAACGUGCUAACAGUCGACUGAAUUCUGGACGAAGCAGUCACAUCAGUUUUAUAGAUAUCUUAAAAGAAGCCGAGGAGAGGAAAGCACGAGAAAAGGAAGCAAUAUCUGUUAUAAAAGAGGAUGACGCAAAACCUUUGUCUAGCUCCCAAAUGCGCCCGAAGACCCCCGAUCCCAUGUCAAACUAUGAUGACCCAAAGUCAGACAGAAAGACUGAAGAAAUCAUUCCUAAAUCUACUCAUCUGAGUGCUACCCCAAAGGCAACUUUUGUUAACCUUCCUUCCUGACUGUU